GUUACAUGACUGCUUUAAACCUGGAAUUUAACCACCUUACUGGCUCUAUACCACCAUCAAUAUUUAACAUUACAACAAUGCAAAUCAUUGCUCUUACCGGCAACAAUCUUACUGGUAAGCUUCCAACAACUAUAUGUGACCAUCUUCCAAAUUUGAAAGGGCUUUACCUCUCAUUCAACUCCCUAGAUGGCGUUAUUCCACCAAACAUACAAAAAUGCAGAAAGCUGCAAAUCUUGUCAUUGUCUGUCAAUGAGUUCACUGGAACUAUACCAAGAGAACUAGCGAACUUAACAGCACUUAUAGAAUUAUAUCUUGGGGUACAACACAUGGAAGGAGAGAUACCAGUGGAGCUAGGUAAUCUUAAGAAGCUACAGCUGUUGAGUUUACCCGGCUGUAAUCUUGUUGGUUCCAUCCCCACAAGCAUUUUCAACAUGUCAGCACUGCAGAUAGUAGAACUUGACGAAAACAAGCUUUCAGGUCGUCUACCAUCAGAUUUAGGUAGUGGAAUGCCUAGCCUAGAAGGAAUAUUAUGUGCAAACAAUAUUCUGAGUGGGUAUAUCUCUGCUACUAUCUCAAAUUCUUCAAGACUCAGAAUGAUCGAUCUUUCAAUCAACAGUUUGACAGGUCCAAUUCCUCAAUCACUUGGUAACUUAAACCUUGAGCUUUUGGACCUGCGAGCGAACAAUUUUAUUGGUGAUUCAGCAUUGAGCUUCCUGACAUCUUUGACAAACUGUAGGAAACUAAAAGAACUCCGUUUUUCAUAUAACUCGUUGGAUGGUGUUCUUCCUGCGUCAGUUGGGAAUUUCUCUGACUCUCUACAAAUUUUUGAAGGACAGAAUUCUAAACUGAAGGGCAUCAUUCCUGAAGAAAUUGGUAAUCUUACUGGAGCAACAAUAUUAUCUCUUUUUAACAAUGAAUUGACUGGAUAUAUCCCAAAAACUAUCCAAGGUAUGUUGAACCUUCAAGAACUUUACCUAGAUAACAACGAGAUAGAAGGAAUCAUACCAGAUGCUAUCUGCAAUUUAAAGAAUCUUGGAGCACUAUCCCUGACAGAAAAUAGGUUUUCUGGCUUAGUGCCACCAUGCUUAGGAAAUGUUACCAGUUUGAGGAAACUUAAUCUAGCUUACAACAGACUGAAUGAGAGCUUAUCUGCAAGAUUGGGGAGCCUUCAAGAUCUCAUAGAAUUCAAUGUUUCAUCCAAUUUAUUAAGUGGACAAAUUCCUCAGGAGAUCGGAAAUUUAAAGGUUGCAAUACUCAUCGAUCUAUCAAAAAAUAAUUUUCUUGGUAAGAUCCCUAGCACCUUAGGGGGUCUAGAUAGAUUGAUCAAACUUUCUUUAGCACAUAAUAGAUUAGAUGGGCCUGUUCCUGAUUCAUUUGGCAAAAUGCUGGCUUUGGAAUUCUUGGAUUUGUGCUAUAACAAUCUUAUUGGUGAAAUUCCUAAGUCAUUAGAAGCUCUUGUGUAUCUCAAAUACUUGAACUUCUCAUUUAAUGAACUCAGUGGAGAAAUUCCCACUGGUGGUCCUUUUGCAAAUGCUACAGGCCAAUCUUUCUUGUCAAAUGAUGCGCUUUGUGGUGAUUCUAAGUUUCAUGUAUCACCAUGUGACAUUAGAUCUCCCAAGAAGAAAAAGGAAAUGCUAGUUUUAUAUGUCCUUUUGGGUGCGGGCAUUCUAGUUCUUGCAUUAGCCGUCACAUAUGUAUUUUUGAGAUUGCGAAACACAAAAAAGAAUGCAGGUUUAGCAGAUGUAUCUUUGGUGAAAGAACAUGAAAGAAUUUCUUAUUAUGAACUAGAACAAGCAACUGAAGGAUUCAAUGAGAGCAACUUGCUUGGUAAUGGGAGUUUCAGCAUGGUCUACAAAGGGAUACUUAAGGAUGGUACUCUUUUGGCACUAAAGGUAUUCAAUGUGCAAUUGGAGGGUGCAUUCAAAAGUUUUGAUACCGAAUGUGAGAUGUUGCGCAACCUCCGCCAUCGAAAUCUCACUAAAGUGAUCACUAGUUGCUCCAACCCUGAUUUCAAAGCCUUAGUAUUGGAGUACAUGCCAAAUGGGACACUUGAAAGAUGGCUAUACAGUCAUAAUUGUUUCUUAGACAUGUUGCAGAGAUUAGAUAUAAUAAUAGAUGUCGCAUCUGCCAUGGAUUAUCUCCACAAUGGCUAUUCAACACCAGUGGUGCAUUGUGACCUAAAGCCAAGCAAUGUCUUGGUAGAUCAAGAAAUGGUUGGCCAUGUCAGUGAUUUUGGCAUUGCAAAGUUGUUAGGAGCAGGGAAGGCUUUUGUACAAACAGGGACGAUUGCAACCCUUGGAUAUAUAGCUCCAGAGUAUGGCCAAGAUGGAAUAGUAUCCACGAGCUCCGAUGUUUAUAGUUUUGGCAUCCUGAUGAUGGAGACGUUUACAAGAAUGCGACCAAGUGAUGAAAGAUUUACUGGAGACUUGAGCAUACGACGUUGGGUUAGUGAUUCUUUUCCAAAUGGGAUCCAUAAUGUGGUGGAUGCUAAUUUGGUACAGCGAGGGGAUGAACAAACCGACACAAAGAUGCAGUGUAUGUUAUCUAUCAUGGAAUUAGCUUUGAGCUGCACUUUAGUGACACCUGAUGCAAGAAUUAGUAUGGGAAAUUCUCUUUCAACACUUAAAAAGAUUAGACUCCAGUUUGUCCAUAGUCGCCAUUAGGUGGAGUUAGACCAUCCGCUCAUGAUUGAUGCUUGAUUAUUUAUGUCCGUUGUGUUAUAUUUAAGAUGAAUACAGUAUUGUACUUUAGCUUGUGUAUGCUCUCUCUUUUGCUUUCAAAAUAUCUCAGAUUUCUUUC